UGAACGAGAUUUUCUUUCUAAAAUGGCCACUUCUGGGAACAAACCUCUCACAACUUGUUCGUCAGGUGACACCUUCCGCUGUCCAAUAUGUCUGGAAGAGGUAAGAAAUCCAAAGUAUCUGCUAUGUCUUCAUACUUUCUGUGAAUCGUGUAUUCAAACGUAUAUAUCGAGCACUGCAAAAUGUCUAGACAGCAUGGAUUCAAAAUCAAUUGAUUGUCCGGUAUGUCGAAAGCGCAUUGAUGCUCCGAGGAAGGACAUUACAGACGAAGAGUGGGCAACUUUUUUACCCCAAAAUAAACUCAUUGUAAGCAUUUGGCCUAAUACAAAAAUUGCCAACAAGCAAUUGUGCAAGUUUUGCGAGCAAAAGGAGAAAAGUGUUCCUGCUAAAUAUUGGUGUAAACCAUGCAGAGCAACCAUCUGCGACGAAUGUAAGGCUUUGCACGAAUUCGUACCAAUUCUUCAAAACCAUAAAAUCGUUAACAUGACUGAUACUAAAGUUUGUGAAAAUGAUGUUGAAGUUGAAGAGUUCUGUUCAGAACACCAAGGAAAGAUAAUUGAUGCGUUUUGUCACCAACACCAAAAGCUUUGUUGUUGUAUUUGCCUUGUCAAACAUCACAGAUUGUGUGCAAAGGUAGAAGCUUUAGCUGACAUCGGAAUAGAAACAGAACAGCAUGAUGUACAUAAAAUAAUUUCAUCAUUCUCUGAGUUGGAGAAAUGUAUUGAGAAUAUGCAGGAACAAAAUAAGACAAAAAUUGUAGACCUUUCUGUAAUGAAACAAGAAAUCUGUACGGACACAGAAAAAGCAAUCCAUGAGAUUACGACAUUAAUUAACAAUGCUCAUUCAGGUUGGAUUAAAGUAUUUGAACAAACCCAUGCAGAUUCGGUCGGGAUAUUGGAAACUGCUUCUGAUGAAUUGAAACGAUUUUCAACCACAGUACGUGAAACCAAAAUUCUUUUACAGUCAAUUCUUGAAAGUGGUUCCCCAAAACAACUGUUUAUCACCAAACAGAAUCAGAUCGCACGAAUCGUUGACCACAUUAAUCGUUUAAUAUCUUUGGAUAUUUGGAACUUUCCUGAACAGUACACCAAACCAGACUCUAAUUUUCUGAAACAACUUUUAAAUAGAAAGAAGUUUGAAGAUGUGAAAUUGUCAAAAACUCCCUCUGGAACGAUUCAGGCUAUUCUACAAACAGUCCAAAAAUUCGUCGGCAAAGAUAUUGUGCAAAAAAAGCAUGAAAAUUCACAAAAGGACUGGAUGAAAAUAAACCUCAAAUUAGUAUCCGAUAUAACUUUGUCAGCGUUUGUUUAUUAUGGUUUAUUCAUCCAUGACACAAUAAUUAUUUUACCGUUUAAAAAUUCAUCGUCACUCAAACUUUUCGAUAUCCGCGACUGUAAGGGAAAAUGUAUUCACACUGAAGAAUGUCCGAGCAAACCGUCCGGUCUGUGCCACUCUAGGGAAAACGAGAGCUUGAGUGAGAUCUUCGUGUCUUUCGAAAACUUUGUCGUCCUUUAUUGGAUUGAUAUCGAGAACGGUGCCAAAUUUUUAAAACUGCAGACAAUACAAUUAAAUGAACCCAUGCUAUCAAUUUCAUGUGGACUGGCCACUAUUUUCUCAGCAAAUAACGAUAAUGUAUUUAUUUGUUCUCGGGAUUUCAAUGUUGAAUACAAAGCAACGUUAAGAAAUACAUUGUUUGAGGUCCCGUUUCUUUCUUCGUCUUCGAAGUCCGAUUACCACUGCUUUUCUAAAAAUAACCGUGUUGUGGUUGCAGAUCGAAACAAUACCACUAUAUUCCAGAGUGAUAAAUUACUAGGCAAUAUUCGCGGACUGACAUUUGAUUUGCACGACAACAUACUUCUAUGUACUAGAACAAGUAAACUAAAACAGAUCAGAUGUGGAGAAAGACGAAGCAGAGACAUAGAACUGGACGGCAUUAGUGACUCAUACAAUGUCGUUCUUCACCCGACAGGCGAGAAAAUAAUGGUUUUUGACUAUAAUGACAAAUGUUGUGUUUACCAAGUCUUGUAGAAUCUUUAUUAUGCUUGUAAGAUGCUUGCAUAUAUUUUUUUAUUACGGUAAAAAUGUCAAUAAAAAUGGCAAACCAUAUGAUUUUUGAAAAUUUUAAUUUAAUAAAAUUAAAAUGUUUUUAACAACUUUUUAUUCUGUAUAGUGUACUACUAUAAGGUGUAUAACUCACCUUAUAUGCACAAAACUUCUUAAACUUAUAUCCAACUUGGACCGAACUUCUAUGUCACAAUGUAAAAAUAGAAUACAGGUAUGCGAGGAACUGGUCGGUACGAUUCGUAUCAAAUUUGAUUUUGCUUAUGCACAUCUUUCGAUUAUCCUAAGACAUUUUUGCAAUUAAGAAGAUGAUGGGAUAAGAUAGCACAAAUGCCCUUCGGUUCGGUCGUAAAAAACAAUUUUGAUUUUUCCCCAAUGAAAUCCAUUCAAGUAUAUUAUAAUACAAGUUUGCAAAUGCA